UUACGAUAAAACAAUUAAUAAAAUGGCCCUGUUUAGUUUUAAAUAAUCUAAGGCGUUUUAACACUCAAAAAGAUAAAAAUGAAGCUCGUGAUAUUUUCAAUUUUAGUUGUAAUACAGUACUCAUGCGCAAGACAGAGCCGAUCUCAAAAUCAAAGAUCUGUACUGUCUUUACAAAACAUAAUAUCAGCUGGUAACAAAGAGAGAGCAGUGCAAAUGAUGCAAUUGAAAAAGCCAGAAGUACAGGCUGGUGUAAGCGGCCCUAAAUUAGUUCCUAACCGACCAUGCCAACAAAAUAUUAUCGAAAUGGCACCAAAUUUAGUACAAAAUAUGGGACCAAAUUUGGUACAAAAUGUGGCACAAAAAGUACAAAAUAUGGCGCCAAAUUUAGUACAAAAUCUGGUACCAAAUCUUCCAUGUCAAAGGGACCCGGAAGUAAUACGAGUGCCCGUGCCAUAUCCGGUGCCGGUCCAGGAACAAUGUUCAUCUUUCACAAGCCCAUUCCUACCGGCGGCUUCACCCGUCUCCGCAUGGUCUCCGUGUAAUGGCCUGCUGCCACCAGUAAUUCCAAGCCAGUCGAGAAACCACUUCUUGAGAAAGAUUCCUAUACCACCUCCCACGUUGUAAAAAAAUAUCAGGAACAAUCGACCCCAGCGGUCGAACAAAACAAGUAUUUUUAGUGAUAUUGUAAAUUAUUGUAGAAAUAUGUAAAGUAUUUAUUAAAAUAUUGUCAAAUCUUAUAUAAUA